CCCAUUUCCCAAAUGGUAUUAUAUCUUGAUACUACGAGGAACGUGACAAUACCCGAAUAGAAUUUGGUGCUCAUCUCUACUCUACUUUAAUUUUCUAAACACAGGGACACAGCAAUUCGGCUGGACCCGGUCCAACAACAUAUCACAUUCUUCAUCAACAGCCCCAAACCGUUGUUUUUUAACCCCUUUUUUGCCUCCAAAACUCAUUACGGCGGCGAUGGGCGUCACCACCACCACCAAAUGAAAUUCAAAUUCAUUUUCAAAUCCCCGACCACCACAAUAUCCCAUCUUUCCACCAACCACCCACUAAUCAUGCCUUUCUCUACUCUAACCGAAACCCUAAAUUCCGUCGCCAACACUGCCGACAAUCUCUGCUCAGAAACACCCCCUCCACCACCUGAACAACCUCCAUUUCUAAACCCAGUUAUGACCCGAGAAGACCGGGUCGAAAAAGCCUGGUCUCAGUGGCUAAAAAUCGGUGAACCCAAAUUCAUAGUUGCACCAAUGGUUGAUAAUUCCGAACUUCCGUUUCGUAUUUUGUGUCGAAAAUAUGGAGCUCAAGCUGCUUAUACACCUAUGCUUCAUUCUCGUAUAUUUUCCGAAAACCAUAAGUAUAGGUCUCAGGAAUUUACUACCUGCAAGGAAGACCGACCGUUGUUCGUUCAGUUUUGUGCUAAUGAUCCCGAGACGUUGUUAGAAGCAGCGCGACGAGUGGAGGCUUAUUGUGAUUAUGUUGACAUCAAUUUGGGGUGCCCUCAGCGUAUUGCCAGGCGGGGAAAUUAUGGAGCCUUCCUAAUGGAUAAUCUUCCUGUUAUCAAAUCCUUGGUGGAAAAACUAGCCGUUAACCUUAGUGUACCUGUUUCUUGCAAAAUCAGAAUCUUCCCAGACUUGCAAGACACUCUAAACUAUGCAAAAAUGCUAGAAGAUGCAGGUUGCUCUCUUCUUGCAGUCCAUGGACGCACUAGAGAUGAAAAAGAUGGGAGAAAAAUUAGAGCAAAUUGGGAUGCAAUACGGGCAGUUAAAAUGGCUCUUAAAAUCCCGGUUCUUGCAAAUGGCAAUAUCCGUCAUAUGGAUGAUGUCCAAAAUUGCUUAGACCAAACUGGUGCUGAUGGAGUACUCUCAGCCGAAUCUCUUCUUGAAAAUCCUGCUCUCUUUGCUGGAUUCAGAACUGUUGAUUUGCUGUCUGGUAUUCAAAAUGGUAAUCAUGAUGGGAAUCUGGAUCAGGGUGAUUUAGUGGUUGAAUAUUUGAAGCUAUGUGAGAAAUAUCCUGUGCCAUGGAGGAUGAUUGCAUCCCAUGUUCAUAAGAUGUUGGGAGAGUGGUUUAGGGUUCAUCCACAUGUAAGGGAGGAUCUUAAUAAACAAUCCAAACUAAGCUUUGAGUUCAUGUAUGAUAUGGUUAAUCGUCUCCGGGAUCUUGGUGUUACAAAACCUCUUUAGGAGGCAAGUUCGUUGGAAAAUGUAUCUGCCAACAACGAUUGCUUAGAGAGGUAACAAAUGCUUAAUAUUGGUCUACGACUUCCAAUACUGGUAUGCGACUUCUAAUACUUAACUUCACCAUCUUGGGUUGGUUUUAAUAUUUGAGCUGGUGGUGACUGUCUUAUUGUAGUUAAUAUUCAUAAGCAGAAUAUGUAUUUACUGGAAUCACACAACAUUUUCAGUUGAGGGUGAAUUCCGGUUACAAUUUUGUCCAUUUCUUACUUAUACAUGAUUUUAAUGUAUUAGAUAUGAUUACAGAAGAAACUGUUACUGGUGACAUAAUAUAUAGUUUGUGUUUGUGAUA